AUGCUUAGGACUAAAAGUUGCUAUAUUGCUAAAGGAAAAGACUCUUGCCCACUCGCAAGUGUUGCUUAUGCCUCAUUAGAAGCCGAAGCCUACUGCACAGCUCCUAAUGCUAUGGCAAUUUGCGAAAAAGCGAUCUGUGAUCAGAUCAACCGCAAGAUUUCCUACGAAGAAUGCUGCCAAAUCCUCUCAUUCAAUGCCCAUAAUAUUGUUCCUGCUACUAUGAUUUCAAAAGUUCUCCACGCUUUUGACUAUCAUAUGCCAGAUAUCGGUGAACCAACCGAGACCAGGAACAUUGACCAUCGUCGCUGCCGCAUGUGGCGCCCCGAAGAGGAUAUACUCCUCUUGGCUGCCAUCCAUAAGUUUGGUCUUGGCGAUUGGAAGUCUAUUUCUCAAUUUGUUGGUGGAGACAGGUCUAGAUCCCAAUGCUCACAGCGCUGGGGCCGUGCUUUGGACCCAAAAAUUACUAAACUCCCAUGGGGUGCUGAAGAAGAGCAGCAAUUAGUUGAUUUAGUUGCUGAACUUGGCGAACACUCCUGGGCCAAUGUUGCUAAGCGCCUUGGAACCAGAUCUGAUGUACAAUGCCGCUACAGAUACUAUCAGAUUUCAAAGAGGAAACCAUCCCUCAAGGCCAAGCCAGAAAUUGACUCACCACCACCACAGUCACCACCAUCAGUCAUGAAUUAUUUCGUUGGCCAACAGAAUUCACUCCCCAAAGUUGAAGAAACCAUUCCUCUUCCAACUAUUGCUCACGUUGAUAUUCUAUUUGGCAAGAAUUUAUUUGACUGCCCAAUAGAUGAGCUCAUUCCUCCGCUUAGACCAAAAUCAAGCAGAUCAUCUGAACCUUCAUCCCCUAAUAAUAUUUCAUCUUAUGUUAUUUAA